AUGAAAUGGAAAGACGGCAAUAAUCUGCCAAAUCACAAAAAGGAUAACAGUAUGCCAAUUCCUGGUCAAACAGAAAAUGCUAGUGUUGCUGAAAAUGAUAUUGGCCAUUUUAGCUCUAAUGUUGUCAAUGACACCAUAAACCAGGCAGAAACAAUGUAUAUGAUGGAUGAAAAUAAACUGCAUGUUACUAUUGAGCCUCUAAUGACAACAACCACAACCAAUAAGCAGAAUAACACCAAUAAUCCUAGUGGCAGUGGCAAUGGCAAUGGUAACGAUAAUGAUCAUACUAUACCUACUACUAUUCCUGAUACUUCAAAAGAGGAUAAAGAUAAAAAACCCACACAAAAUCUAGCUAUGGCAGUAGAUCUUCCUAAAAUUACGACUACUGCCUAUCGAAAUAAUAUGGUUAAUGAAAAUUCUGUUGGUAACACUUAUAUCGCACCUCUUCAGCCUGUAAAACUAAGAAAUAAUGAUACUAGUAAGCAAAAUAACGCCCCUAUAAUAGAAAUAGCCACAUACUCAGAUGUCGAUGUUUAUGAGUGUUAUUUACGAGGUUCUGAGUCACAACUGGUGAUGAGAAGAGUUAAAGAUGAUUGGGUUAAUAUUACACAAAUCCUUAAAAUGGCAAAUUUUUCAAAAGCUAAAAGAAGUAGAAUUUUAGAGAGAGAGGUUGUUUUAAUGAAACAUGAAAAGGUGCAAGGUGGGUACGGUCGUUUUCAGGGAACUUGGAUUAGCUUAGAUGAUUCUAAGUCAUUAGUACAGAAAUAUGGAAUUCAAAAUAAUGUGGUUCUUGCAAUAAUAAAUUUUAAAUUGAAUAAGGAUAACCCACCGAAAAAGAGAUUGAAGAAUAGUAUCUUAAGAAGAAGCUCGCCUGGGGGAAGAAUCACCUCCCCUUCGAGUUAUAAAAGAACACCAAAAAAGAAUAAGCAGAAUGGUUAUUCAAAGAUAGUACAUCACACAAAUUCAUUCAAUGGUCAGCAAAACUUAAAGACAGGUAAUUCUUCAACACAAAUUAAUCCCAGUCCGUUACAUAAUCUGGCAUUUCAAACACCUCGUCAUUUACAAUUAAAUAGCCAACACUCUAAUGACACUUUUGAAGUUGAAACAGGCACGAAACCUGUUUUGGGAUCUCAUGAGCCAAGCAGUAACUCCACAAUAUCGGGGUUAAGUUCUGAUGGUACUCCAAUACCUCAAAGUUAUGCAAGUUCCUCUCAAAAACCAUUACAGUUUUAUCCAAUACCUACCAAUAUUAACCGGAAUGCUACUACCAGUAACAAUAGUAUGAUAAAUGUCAAUAAUUUUGGUAAUUCCAGUAGAUAUACAAAGGAAGACUACAUCGGUAGGAAUCAAUAUAUAUCGAUGGCUGAUCCAGCAAAUACGUUACCAAUGCAUAGUACAUUAAAUAAUAUGAAUGUUAAUCCGAAACAUAGUAAAAAACAUCAAGAUAAAAAUGGAAACAUUAACUUACUAAUGGAUCAACAAACGGGUGACCAAAUUAUAAAUAAUCUUAAAGUGGAACAACCUUAUCCAGCAGACCACCAGUCUGAACAUAAUAUUAGUAUUAAUGAUCAAAAUAGUUUGAUGAAUAUUCAGGAACAACAAGUAUAUCCAUCUCAAUAUUAUUUACAAAAUACAACCAAUAGUAAUGAUAUAAAUGCAACACCAGUACAAAAUCCUCUAUCUGAUAGCACAAAUCAUAUAAGAAAGAUGAAAUAUCGUGAUUUAAUUUUACAUAGUUUAACCAUUGAAGUUAAAGAUGAUGGAAUAUGUGAAUUACCUCAAGAGAUUUAUUACCCACCUCCAAACUUUAAUGCUAAUUUUGAACUUGAUGCUCAAAGACACACAGCAGUGCACUGGGCUGCAGCAAUGGCUAACAUUCAACUUUUGAAAGUGUUAUUAGCAUUGAAUGCCAAUCCUUUGUGUUGUAAUGAUAAAGGUUUCAAUGCUAUAUCAAAAUCAGUUUUUUAUAAUAAUAACUUCAAAUGUGGAACAUUUAGACAAUUGAUAUCAAUAUUAAAUAUGUGUUUAGUGACACCAGAUAAUAAUGGGAGAACACCAUUACAUUAUUUGGUAGAAUUGAGUAUUAAUACCACCAAGGAUCCAAAUAUUAUUACUGCAUACAUUGAUCAAAUAUUAGAAGAAUUAGGGAAAAGGUGUCCUAAGGAAGUUCAAAGAAUACUGAAUCACCAAGAUAACAUGGGAAACACAAUUUUACAUUUGUGUGCUCUAAAUUCAAAUUUAUCUCUUUUUAACAAGUUUUAUUCUUGUGGCUGUUCUGCAGAUCUUCUUAAUGGUGAAGGGAGAACACCACUUGAAAUAAUGGCAACUAUUAAUUCUGCAGGUACACUAUUACAAACUGAGUCUGAUAAAGAAAUAAAGCAUAUUUCAUCUACAUAUGACUCAUUGGAACCAGAAGUAUUAAUAAAUAAGUCAGCAGGUAGUAUUUUGUCUAACAACAACUAUGAAGGUGAUCUUCAAUCUUCCUUUGUUCCAUCUACCAUAUUAAAAAACGCCGAUAAACCGAACUCUCAAAAAUUGAUGAGUAAAAGACAAUAUUUGUCAUUCCAAAACAAUGAUGACUCUUACACUAAAGCUAAUAACACGACAUUAACCCUAACUAAAGAGGAUGUGUCAAUGUUAGAUGAUAUGAUCACAUCUUCUGUAGUUAAAGGCAAUAAACAUUCCCUUGCACAAUCAAUUUUACAAUCUCCUAUCGUCCAAUCAAGACUACAAAGUAAUGAUGAAAAUAUCAAAUUUUUGUCUAAAUUUCUACGUUCGCCAUCUCCCGAUAAGAAAGUAGGAACAAACAGAAGAUUAUCUAUUAAUAAGAAAAUAGUAUCAAAUGUUGGUAGCAGAAUUAGUAAUCUUUCAAAGAAGCUUGUUAACACUAUUGAUAAUGAAAUUAGUAAUCUUCAUAAUCAAAUUUCAAAUACAUCAAGCCAGAUUAAAGUAAUAUAUAAAAAUAUCAAAAAUUACCAAAAGCAUUAUAGAUAUUACUGUUCCUUACUAGGCGUAAAAGAUGUAAAAAAUAUGAGAGACCAAAUAAAACUUUACAGAGGUGCAAUUACACAAAACAAAAGGAGAUAUAUACGAUCUUUAGAGAAGUGCCAGGCGUUAAAUUUAGCCAAUUUUGUUCAGAAAGAAGAAACAGCAUCUCGCGAUAAAAUUAUCGAGUCUAAUCAAGAUAAUAAUUUGAGAGAUGCUGUCACUUUAACUGUAUUACAAUUUAAAAAGCAUUUGUGGUUAAAAAAAUUAAGCGAGGAUAUUAUCAGUACAAAAUCAUUAAUAAAGAUAAACAAAUAUAAACAACUUAUUGGUAUGAACUUUGAUAAUAUAGAUUCCAAACUAGAUGAGAUUGAAGCUGAUCUGAAAGCUUCUAACUAA